AUGACGGAGCUGCUGACGGGAGAGGAUCAGGUAGAUGGGACUAGAGGACACCGGUAUCUGUACAUGGACGUCGGGAUGGAGGACCACCAGACACUCCCUGCUCCGGAUGCGUCCGCUCGGGGCAAAGCUGCGGAGGAGGAGUCGGCACGGAGGACCGGCGAGGAUCUCCCGGAGGACUCCAUCUCCAGUGAAGAAGGGAUUUUCACCGACAGAGAGAAUGACGCACCCCGGGACUGCGCGCGGCACACGUGUCCCCUCGUCACGGGGGACUCCACUUCCUGUGACGGAGAAAGCAUCCGACAAGAAGACAUCUCACCCCCAACUCUUCACAAGCAGACCGGUCAGGUGAGGUCAGAAGUCCUCCCACAUACGGACCCUUUGAGGCCCGCAGACCACACGCAGGUCACGUCUGGUCUCGGGAAGGUGGAGGCCAGCUCAUACAAAGACUUGGACAAUGGGUCGUCUAUGGACAGGAGGCCUCAUGCAGUCACCCGUAUUAAGGAGGAACCCCUCUCAGAGGAUGAAGAACAUGUCUCGGAGGCUGACAUGUUGGCCCCCAUGGAGUGUUCUCAGCGCACACGUGUGAAGGACGAGCCCGUGUCUUGGUGUGAAGGGGAUUGUGAACAUGCGGGACUCUACACGCACCAUGGACGGUCCAUCCUGGCUCAUGUCAAGGCGGAGUCCUCCUCCGGGAUGGGCACGCCGAGGCGGUGGCCUUGCUUGGAAUGUGGGAAGACGUUGUCCAGCAGAUCCAAUCUCUUCGUCCACCAAAGGUCGCACGCUCGGAAGAAGCCGUUCACCUGCGCGGAGUGUGGAAAAGGUUUCUCCAGCCGCGGUUACCUGGUCAUACACCGGCGGAACCACACGGGGGAGCGGCCCUUCGCCUGCUCGGAGUGCAGGGAGAGCUACGCGGCCAGGUCCCAGCUGCUGCGCCACCAGACCAAACUGCAUGUUGUAACCAUGACCUCAGGGGACUGGCUGUUGUAA